AUGUCUUCAAUUGAUAAUAAUUCUCAAAUAGAAAAUGGUACUAUAAAACUAUCUGCUUUGGAGUACAAAGAUGAAGGAAAUAAAUAUUUUAGUAGUUAUGAGUAUAAAAAUGCUAUUGAUAGUUAUACAUCAGGUCUUCAAAUUAUUGGUGAUGAUAAAAAAUUGAAAUGUACUUUAUAUCGUAAUCGAGCAAUGGUCCGUUUCAAGAUUGAUGAUUUUGAGGGAGCUGAAGAUGAUUGUACAAAAGCAUUAGAAAUUGAUGGUGUUGAUGUUAAGGCAUUGUUUAGAAGAGCUCAAGCAAGGGAACAAUUAGAAAAAUUUGGUGGAGCAUUAAAAGAUGCAAAAGAAGCAUUAAGAUUAGAACCUAAAAAUGGUGAAAUAUUAAAAUUAGUUACUCAUUUAACUAAAAUUAAUACCGAAAAGAUUAAUGAGGUCAAUUCAAUUGAAUAUAAAUUUAAAGAAAUGAAUAAGUAUGCUUUUAAUAGUGGAUCUAAAAAUAAUGACGAUAUAGAUAAAAUGAAGAAAGGAUUAUCUAAUUUAAUUGUUAUGGCAAGAGAUUCUGAAGGUGGUGCAACUAUUGUAUGGGAUAAAGGAAAUAUUGUUGAUAAAAUUAUUAAUGUUGUUAUUGAUGAAAAAAAUGACGAUGAAAUUGCUUAUCUUAGUUUAUCAAUAUUAGAUAUAUUAUUAAAAAAUCGUAUUAGAUGUAUGAAUUUUGUUGAAAAAUUUACAAUUGUUAAAAUUGUUGAAGCUUUUAAACUUAGAUAUAAUAACAAACAAAUUAUUGAAACUGUUGGUCUUAUACAUCAAAGAGUUUUUAAUGCUCUUUGUAGUAUGGAUAGAAAUAAAGAAAUUAAACCUGAUCCUGAUGUUACUGAAAAUAACAAAAUGCAUAUAAUUAAACUUCUUUUAGAAUAUGAAGAUAUUUUGUGUUCACCAAAUUUUAAUACUGAUAUUAGAGAAACAGUUAUUGAUUUACUUACUAAAAAUCUUAUGCAUAUGGAUGGUGGAAUUCCAAGAGGAUGGUCUUGGAGAUUUGUUGAAGGUAGAGGAUUAUCAAAAUUACUUCAUGUUUCUUCACAAAUUCCGGAACUUUGUGAAUAUCCUGUAUCUAUUGAUACAAGAAAUCAUUUAGCUAUUUGUCUUCAAAGACUUUAUGAUGAUAUGGUAUUUGAUACUAAAAGAAAUAUUUUUAAAGAAAAAGUUGAUACAUAUUUUACCUCAUUACUUGUUGGAGCAUCAAGUAAAGAAGGUCAAAUUAAAUUAGCAUCUUUUCUUAUUACUAUGCUUCAAGGUGUUGUUGAUAUAGGUGUUAAUCUUGUAACAAAUGAUACAGUACUUGCUAUUAUGCUUCAAAUGGCUAGUAGUAAUGAUAUAUUAUUACAAUCUGUUGCUGCUGAAUUAAUUGUUCAAUCAGUUUCAAAACAUGAACGUGCAGUUGCAAUUCUUAAAAUUGGUACACCUGUAUUAAAAACUUUGUAUGAAUCAACAGAUCAUACUGUUAAAGUUCGUGCUCUUAUGGGAUUAUGUAAAUGUGCUGCUGCUGGUGGUGAUGAUAUUAGUAAAGCUACGAUGGAAGAAAGUGCAAUUUUAAAAUUAGCUAAAACAUGUAAGAAAUUUUUAUUAAGUGUUGAUAAGUAUGAUGUUGAUAUAAGAAGAUUUGCCUGUGAAGGUCUUUCAUAUCUUACUUUAGAUGCUGAUAUUAAAGAAAUGAUUGUUGAAGAUAAAGAUCUUUUAAAAGCAUUAGUUUCAUUGGCACAAUCUGCUGGACCAAUUUGUGUAUAUACUUUAGCCAGUAUUUAUGUUAAUCUUUCUAAUGCAUAUGAAAAACCAAAAGUUGAUGAAGAAAUGGUAAAACUUGCUCAAUUUGCUAAACAUCAUGUUCCAGAAGUUCAUCCAAAAGAUACAGAUGAUUAUGUUACUAAACGUAUUCAUUCUCUUGUUAAAGGUGGUGCAGUUUCUGCUUGUGUUGCUGUUUCAAAAACUGAAUCUAAAAAUGCUUUAGAUCUCUUGGCUCGUGCACUUUUAGCAUUUGCAUCAGAAUAUGAUUUAAGAGGACAAAUUGUUUCAGAAGGUGGUGCUAAAUUAUUACUUACAUUAGUAAAAGAAUGUAAUCCUGAAGGAAAAAUUAAAGCAGCACAUGCUUUAGCUAAAAUUGGAUCAUUUUCAGAUCCAAAUAUUACAUUUUCUGGUCAACGAAUGUAUGAAGUUGUUAAGCCUAUGGUUGAUUUACUUCAUCCAGAUUGUGAUGGAUUGGCAAAUUAUGAAGCAUUAUUAACUUUAACAAAUUUAGCUGGACAAAAUGACAGUCUUAGAAAACGAAUUAUCAAAGAACGUGCUGCUCCAAAGAUUGAAGAAUAUUGGUAUAUGGAUAAUCAUCCUCAAUUAAGAGCUGCUGCUGCAGAAUGUUUAUUAAAUUUAUCAUUUUUAGAUGAAUUUAGAGAAGAUAUUCUUAAAGAAGGUACAGAUAAACUUAAACUUUGGGUUCUUUAUUGUGUUGAGGGUGAUGAUGAUCGAUUGAAUCUUGCUUCAUCAGCUGGUUUUGCUAUGUUUACUAACGAAAAAGGUACAGCAAAAAGAAUACUUAAUGAAAUCUCAAGUUGGGAAGAAGUUCUUAAAGAAAUGUGUUAUCAUGAAAAUCCAGAAGUACAAAGGCGUUGUAUGAUUGGUAUAGCAAAUAUGAUAGAAAAUGACAAAGAUGUUGCUAAUAAAAUAAUGGAAACAGAAGUUUCUAAACUUAUUUAUGCUAUUGCUAAAGUACCUGAUCCAGAGAGAAAAGAAGCAUUAAAAGAAGCAACUCGAGCAAUUGCUGCAAUGAAUAUGAAAUAA